UGAAGCAACGUAAAUAUAACUCCACAGAUUGAUUUGCCCCUUCGGCAGCUCCAUUAGAUUGUGGAUGAUAGGAGGAAGUAAAUGACAAGGAGAUCCCCAUCUCAGCACAAAAGCCCCUCCAAAACCGAGAGACAAAUUGAGGAUCCCUGUCGGAUACGAUAUCCUGAGGUAUACCAUGCAAGCGGAACACCUCCCUGGCAAAUAUCCGAGCCAACUGAACCGCAGAAGGUAGCUUUUUAAGGGGAACAAAGUGUGCCAUCUUAGAGAACCUAUCAGUCACAGUUAAAAUUACAGUCUGUCCAUCAGAUGAAGGAAGAUCUACAAUGAAGUCCAUGGAUAAGUGGGACCAUGGUUUCUUAGGUACAGAAAAGGGGCAUUAGGAGCCCCGGGGGUUUAAUGUUAGGGGAUUUACACUGUGUGCAAACACGACAAGCCUGCACAUAAUCUACCACGUCUUGUUUAAGUGAGGGCCACCAAAACUGUUGAAGGAGACCCUUGUAUGUUUUGGUAACCCCUGGAUGACCAGCAGUUUUGGCGCUGUGAAAUAAAGUUAAUACUUUCUUCCUAUCUUUUUCUUUCAAGUAUAAUCUACCAAGAGGUGUCUCAGAGGGUGUUUGGGAUUGGUAUGUCUUGAUGCCAUCAAGGAAAAGAGACAAAAUAACUAAACGGGUAUUAGCUAUUAUCUUAGAUGUAGGUACAAUGGGUUCAGGAGCGGGGGCAAUCGACUCCAAAGGUUCGUACUGUCUGGAGAUAGCAUCAGCCUUGACAUUACGGUAUCCAGGCCUAUAUGUGAUAAUGAACUGAAAGCAUGAAAGAAAUAAAGACCAUCUGGCCUGACGAGAGGACAACCUUUUAGCAUCUGCUAUAUAGGAGAGAUUCUUAUGAUCAGUUAUAACCAGGAUUUUGUGUCUAGCUCCUUCUAAUAAGUACCUCCAUUCUUUAAAAUCCAUCACAAUAGCUAAUAGUUUCCUGUUCCCGACAUUGUAAUUCUUUUCCGAAACAGACAGCCUUUUAGAAAAGUAACAACAGGGAUGGAAGGGUUCGGUAUGCGAUAGUCUUUGUGAUAAUACGGCUCCUACACCUGAUUCUGAAGCAUCUACUUCCAUAACAAAGGGAAGGGAAGGAUCAGGAUGGUGUAGCACAGGGGCAGUGGCAAAUGCCUUUUUGAGAGUCUCGAAGGCUUUAACGGCUUCAGGAGUCCAAACCUUGGGGUACAAACCCUUUUUAGUCAGUUUUGUGAUAGGAGAAAUAACUGAUGAAAAGUUUUUAAUAAACCUUCGAUAAUAAUUGGCAAAGCCUAUAAAUCGCUGUAUCGCCUUAAGGCCUUGGGGAAGAGGCCAAGACAAUAUGGCUUCUAAUUUUGAAGGAUCCAUGCUGAAUCCCUGUUCAGAAAUGAUAUACCCUAGGAAUUGUACUGAUUUUUGGUCAAAUAAACAUUUCUCUAAUUUGCAAUAAAGACCGUUCUGCAGCAAUUUCUUAAGUACCAUCCUCACAUGAGUAUGAUGUGACUUCAAAUCAGGAGAAUAUACAAGUAUGUCAUCAAGAUAAACUACGGCACAGAUAUGCAGUAAAUCUCUAAGGACAUCAUUUAUGAGGUCCUGAAACGCAGCAGGAGCAUUACACAGUCCAAAAGGCAUGACUAGAUACUCGUAAUGCCCACUGCGUGUAUUAAACGCUGUUUUCCAUUCAACAUUCUCUUUUAUACGAACCAAGUUAUAAACCCCCCUGAGGUUUAGUUUAGUAAAAUAUCUAGAACCUUUAACACGGUCAAACAACUCAGUGAUGAGAGGGAUAGGAUAAGCGUUUUCAAUUGUUAUAUUAUUUAGACCCCUGUAGUCUACACAUGGCCUCAAAUCGCCCUCUUUCUUGGCAACAAAAAAGAAACCAGCACCAGCAGGUGAAGAGGACCUUCUGAUAAAACCUUUAUGUAAGGAUUCCCAUAUGUACUCCUCCAUGACCUGAUUUCCUUUCUCAGAAAGCGGGUAGACCUUACCCCUAGGGAGCAUAGUACCAGGUAACAGGUUUAUGGCACAGUCAUAAUCCCGGUGUGGAGGUAGCUUAUCAGCCUCCCUUUUUUCAAAGACCAAUGCGAGGUCUGCAUACAUAGGAGGGACAGAAACAGAAAGUGGUUUAGCUGUAGGUACAUUAAGUAAGCAAACAGGACGUAAACGGGCCAUGCAGUCUCGUUGACAAGAUUCCCCCCAGGAGAGUAUAUCUAAACAACCCCAAUCAAGUACUGGGUUGUGUUUAACUAACCAGGGAAAACCUAGAACGAUGGGAGCUGUAGGGGAGUCAAUUAUUUGGAAGGUUAACCUUUCCUUAUGUAAGGCACCCACAGCCAUAACCAUUUCAUGGGUUUCAUGGGUCACCAGAGGUUUAUCAAGUGGUCUACCAUCUAUGGCACGAACGGCCAAGGGUGUGGCCUUUUGGAUCAGAGUCAAGGCUGCGGUUUUAGCAAAGUUCUCAUCCAUAAAGUUGUCUGCAGCGCCUGAAUCGAUCAAGGCUUUGGUUUUUAUGGUAGUCUGAUUGAUCAAAAGAGUAACCGUAAUAAACAGUCUAGAGAUGGAAACAUGAGGGGAAAAAGACAUAACACCCAAGGCCGACCCCUCUCUAGGCCUUAGGUGCUGAAGUUUCCCUGCAAAUUAGGACAGUCUCUUCGGAGAUGCCCCCUCUUUCCACAGUAAAGGCAUAACCGAUAUGCUCUUUCAGCUUCAGUCAACCCUAUAGCACCCAAUUGCAUGGGUUCGGGAGAUGGUUGAUUAGGAGGAGGUAAUGCUAGUAAUGCAGUACUGGGUAAAGCAGGUGGCACCUGUGUAUUCAUCCGUCUUUGACUACGCCUCUCUCUAAUACUGUUGUCAAUGAGAAUGAUAUAGUCUAUUAAAUCAUCCAGGAGAACAGGCAAUUCCCUGGACGCUAUUUCAUCUAAUAUGUAAGCGGCCAAACCCUCCUGAAAGGCUGUUACGAGGGCGUCGUUAUUCCAUGCUACCUCAGCUGCUAGAGUGCGGAAUUCAAUCGUAUAAUCCGCUACUGAUCUAUUACCUUGUCGAACCCUAAGCAGAGCUUUGCCAGCGGAAGCAACCCUACCGGGUUGAUCAAAUGUGCACUUGAAGCUGUUAAAAAAUCUGCAAAGGACAUUGGGGAUGUAUUCUCCCACAUGGGAUUAGCCCAUGCUAAAGCUUUCCUGGACAAGUGGUUGAUUAAAAAAAGCAAUUUUAGCUCUAUAAGUGGGGUAGGAACGAGGAUUCAUCACCAAAUGAAUAUCAAUUUGGUUGAGGAAACCAUGACACAACGCUGGAUCACUGCUAUUGCGCUGUGGUGGCAUCAUGUGAACCACGUGAGCAGGAACGGGUACUGGAUCGGAAAUGGGUUCUGGCACAGCAGCAACAGCUUCUUGCACGGCAGGUUGCAAGUGGGCAGUACGAGCCAGUAUGGUUUGUAAAGCCUGGGCAAACUGAUCCAUAUGGUGGUCUAAACCGUCCAUUCUAGUCUCCUGAUUCACUAACAGCUGUGGAAUGUCAGCAGGUUCCAUGGUGGCCCUGUUGUAAUGUCACGAUUCGGGAACCUAACACGCUAAGAAUAGUCAGGAGACAAGCCAAGUAAAGGGAGCCAGAAAACGGGAGAACGAGAAACAAGCCAAGGUCAAAGGAGUGGAGAAUACAGGAAAGUCGGAAUAACAAGCCAAAUAAUCGUUAACCAGAGAGAAACCCGAGCAAACUGCAAUACAGGUAUCACAAGACCACAACAGGGCACUGAGAGACAGGAAAGGUGAGUAUAUAUCAGCAGUGCUUAAUUAGGAUUGGAUAAUUUCCAAUCAGAAUUAAUAAUCACAUGUGGGAGAUAUUUAUACCUCCCACUGUGAUUAGGGCACUGUGGCUUUAACGCCGGGUCACGUGAGUGACCCUGGCGUUUACAUAAAUGCCGGGACUCCCAGCGUGCAGCGUUUCACAUGCUGCCGCUGGGAGGCGAGGAGGAGGAUGCGAGCAGGUGCAGCACAGAGGGGGCGCCGCUCGCCUACAGGUAAGAGGAGGGGGGACCGCGGGCGGCGAUGGACCGAGGGUGAGUGAUAGGGAGGAAUGUUUUAAAUAUCCUUUAUUCUCCUUAUUACCUAGUUUAUUUCUAUCCAUAGUAGGGUCCAAUAUACAAUUGAAAUCUCCCAAACAUAUUGUUUUACCCAUUUUGAUUCUAUCAAUUACUGUACGCCUCAACCUUAUUUGUGUCUCUCUCUCUGAAGACACCUCAACUCUAUGUGUGUAUCUCCUAACCUCUUGUGUGUCUCUUAGCUCACCUCUUACCCGCUUUUGUGCCUCUUAACCCUUGUGUGUAUGUGCUGACACCCUUGUGUGUAUUUUAUCUCUCUCACCCCCACUUUUUAUCUCUUUCCCCUCAAAACCUUUGUGUAUCUAUUAACCUCAGCUUAUCCCCUUCUGUCUCUUACCCCUCAUAAAAUUUGUGUGUAUUUUACCCCCAUACUCUCUUGUGUGUUACUUAAUACAUCUUACUUCCUUGUGUGUGUCUUAUCCCCUCUUAUACCUUUAUCCUCUUGUGUCUUCUACCACCUCUUAAAGGGACACUGUGAGCACCAAUACCUCUUCAGUUCAUUGAAGUGGUCUGGGUACAAUGCCCCAUGUCCCUUAACCCUACAGUGGUAAUUAUUGCAGUUUCUGAGAAACUGCAAUAAAUACCUGCUAGGAUUAACGCCUCUUUUAGUGUGUGUUUUCUAAACAGCCACUAGAUGGACUCCCACGUGCUUAGAUGACUUUUUGUUGCCUAAAUGACGCUGGACGUCCUCACUCUAUGCUUGAGGACUUUCAGCGUUACCAAAAUCCCCAUAGGAAAGCAUCAAUUAAUGCUUUCCUAUGAGGAAAUCCUAAUGCGAGUGCAGCCAUUGCGCAUUAGGUCUCCCCCGCCGGCUGAUGUUGGUGGGUGAGAUGCAUGGGCAGAGCCCAACCCAGCGCCGAGGGACAUCACCGCUGGAUUCAGGUAAGUGGUCGAAGGUGGUCACUGUAGGAACCUAUAGUGCCAGAAAAACAUCUUUGUUUUCCAGGCACUAUAGAAUUCCUUUAACUAUUGUGUUAUAAAAUGCCACAUAGCCUUCCAGCUGAAGUGGUAGAGGUUAACACAGUAAAGGAGUUUAAGCAUGCGUGGGAUAGGCAUAAGGCUAUCCUAACUAUAAGAUAAGACUAGGGACUAAUGAAAGUAUUUAGAAAAUUGGGCAGACUAGAUGGGCCGAAUGGUUCUUAUCUGCCGUCACAUUCUAUGUUUCUAUGUUUCACAUUAGGUUUUUAGCUGAGGAAAAAACAUGCAUAUUGGUUUGUUUUAUUUGUAAUUAAAUACAUAUUUUCAAUUACAAAAAGACAGCAAUGCAUAAAGAAAAAACUAAAUGGUACAAAUUAUGGAGAAGUAUAUUAAAAAAAGGACUUUGUCAGAAACAUAUCUGUUAAGCAGUCUCACAAAUAUUUUUUAUAUAUACAGUCAUGGGAAAAAGAAAGUACACCCUCUUUGAAUUCUAUGGUUUUACAUAUCAGGACAUAAUUACAAUCAUCUGUUCCUUAGCAUGUCUAUGAACAACAAUACAUGACACAUUACACCCUGUCAUGAUUUAUUUAGCAAAAAUAAAGCCAAAAUGGAGAAGCCAUGUGCGAAAAACUAAGUACACACUAUGAUUCAAUAGUUUGUCGUACCACCUUCAGCAGCAAUAACUUGAAGUAAUCAUUUUCUGUAUGACCUUAUCAGUCUCUCACAUUGUUGAGGAAUUAUAGCCCACUCUUCUUUACAUCGUUGCUCUCUUUCAUUCAGCAUUUCAUUCAUUGUAGGCGGGGGUUUUGUAGAGAGGUGACAGGGGUUUGGCAGAGAGGGGCAGGGGUUUUGUAGAGGAGUUUUGCUGAGGGUGGGCCGGGGAUUUGUAGAGGGGGCAAUAGGGGUUUUAUAGAGGGUGGGGCAAGUGUUUCCUAGAGAAGGGGCAAGGGUUUUGUAAAGUGGAUGACAAUGGUUUUGUAGAGAGAUGACAGGGGUUUUGUAGCGGGGGAUGGGCAGGGGUUUCAUAGAGGGGCAUAAGUUUUGUAGAGGGGAGCAGGGAUUUUAUAAAGGGGUGAGAGGAGUUUUGUAGAGGGGGUAAUAGACGUUUUAUAGAGUGGUGACAGGGCUUUUGUAGAGGGGGACAGGGCCUGUGUGAACAAGCAGUUGCAUUUAUAAUGAAUAUAUAUGUGUGUGUGUGUGUGAAUAAUUAUGUAUGUAUGUUUAUAUGUGGUUGGUGAAUUAAUCAUGCUUUAGAAUUUAAGUUUUAUGUGGUGCCAUUUGGAACCUUGGAAAUCACAGACAAUGCAGCAAUAAAAAUCAACAGACUUAUUAUUGCUAUGUUGGCUGAUUUUUACUGACGCUAGGUCGUUUGAUUUUUACUGACGCUAUGUCGUUUGAUUUUUACUGACGCUUUGUCGUUUGAUUUUUACUGACGCUAUGUCGUUUGAUUUUUACCUGUCAGAGUUCAGGUGCAGCCGCACAGCGCCAAGAUCGGGAUCACGCGACGGUGCGCCUGGCGGCAGUUGUAAGGACGGCACGGACGGCACGGAAUCUAAUUGCAGCAGGCCCCCAGGCCUUAGGGGGGUGCUACCAGGAGUGGGACAGUACGGAGGAAGUCUGCGGUGGGCCCCCAAUUACAUGCUGCUUGGAGAGUGCUAAAGGACGCAGGCCUGACAUAACAGGGUGAGUCCACCCCCAAGGUAUUUUCCCAGGUUGUAGCUACCAGGAUGGGUUUGCAUGCAAUGAGUAUGGUGGCACCUAAAGACUUCAAUAGGGGUGGGGGUGAUGAAAGUCAAGCACCAAGAUCUCCACAGCUUGUCCCCCCAGCAUCCCAGUCAUCCUCCUCUAGUGCACAGGCAGAAAGGCGGAGGGCUGAAAAAUUGACGCAGGUGAUAGGUAGCGGCAUCAAUUCUCAUCUCAGCAGAGUGCCCCCACAAGUACAUGACACUGCAGACGACCGUGGGUCCACAGGACAAUGGGUGGGCAGGACUAGCUGCACUCAGGAUCGCUUAGCCAGGUCCCAAGGUUCCUCGGUAGGUAGUGGGGCUGGCAGACGUACUUCACAUACUCGCUCCAGGAGCUUUCGUAGGAGCAGACAUGACAACGCCAGUAGGGGCUCCCUUAGCUUAGCCAGGAAAAAAGACACUACGGCUUACCGGCUAGGACGACGAGUCCCAGGAGUAGCACUUCCAGGUCCAUCAGCAGAGGCUCCCCUGACAGUCGUGCGAGGGGAUCAGCUAGAGACAGGUACGGCCGCAAGGGUUGUCACUCAUGAUCAGGGACUCAGGGAGAGGCCAGGAGGGUCUUUUUCCCAGGAUGUCAGGACGCCAGGUCCAGAAGUUGUCACUCAUGAUCAGGGACUCAGGGAGAGGCCAGGAGGAUCUUUUUCCCAGGAUGUCUUUCUUUUUCCAGGUCGCCAGAUCAGGAAGCUGCAGGCACAGGAUCUUGACUGGAUGUGGCUUCACCUGGAAUUACACACGGCGUAUGUCAGGGAGCAGCCCCAGGAUUGGAAUUCACACGGGGUUCGGUUGGUGAGUCCCAUCUUGCACCACAUUCAGAGGAACUGAUGGAGCAUUUAAAAGCAUUUCUUCACUCGUGGAGUGCAGGGAAAAACGGACAAAGGCUCUUUUAGUCAGGUGUGGGUUCCAGGGCCGCUGGAGGGUGGAACGGUUAAGCACGGUACCUUGGUGGGUGCAAUGAGUGCGGUAAGCGAUGCAGGAACAGUUAGUUCAGUUGGCGACAUGGUUCCAGCAUCAUCAGCAUCGGUUCUAACCUAAACAGCGAUCCAAAGGGCAAUAUUGAUAGGGGAAAUUCAGGAUGCUGCCCACCAAAAUGUGCACAUCUCUUUUGCGGGUCCUUUGGGCUGCCAUCUAAAGCACAAACUCAAAGAUAGGAUUUGGAAAGGGUAGUUUGUGGAGAUUUUCUCCCUCCUUCCCCUAGAGGACUAUUUAGACUUGAAAGAAGAGCACAAGAAGGAUUCCAAAAGCAAGAGGAAGAAAAGCGACCUAAGUAUAGAGAGAUUCGCAAAACUUUCGGAAACUGGGUUAGGGCUCUCUGUAACUUGGCUAGUGUGUUAGGAGAGAAAUCGCCGGAUAAGUGCUCCUGGGAAUCCUAUCACACAUAUGGGGGUCUCAUAUGUUGGAGAUAUGAUGAAUAGUUCAGCCAGCGUUUGUCAGCCAAUCCAAGCAUGUGGUGGGACCAAAUGGACCUCGCGCUCUGGAUGAAACUGACAAUGGCUCAAAAAUCGCAGCCCUUUCAGAGUGGGGCCGGCGCCGGUUCCUCUUCUACCUCGUCAGCUAUCCAUAGGAGGGGAUAUUGUUGCGAGCCAAUGUAAGUGGGGAGCAACAUGCCAUUUUAAGCACAAGUGUUCAGGUUGCAGCAGAGUACACGGCUUUAAUCGAUGCUUCAAGCAUGGAAAAACUGCGCCAGCUGGAGCCGCUGGAGGUACUUCGGCACCAUCCUCUGCCAUUGGGGUGCUCACUUGUGAGGGUCGGUGCGAUGCUUCCAUGGUUAAACAAACACAUUAGAUGUGAGGAUGCAGUACUCCUUCAGGGUUUGGUUUCACUCAAGGGUUCAUGAUUCCUUUUCUAAAUCGGUCGGUUGUUCGUUGUUUGCAUAGUCUGCAGUCUGUGGUUAAAUUUCCCGAAGUCAUGCGGGACAAAUUGCUUGUGGAAGUCCAAUUGGGAUGGAUGGCAGGGGAUUUCGCCCUUGGGUGUUGUGCCCAAGAAGGAAGCUGGGAAGUUCCACCUUAUUCACCACCUUUCCUACCCUACAGGUUCAUUGAUGGGGCACUCUGUUCAUUUUUAUAUGUUUCAUUCGACCAAGCAAUUGUGUUGGUUUGGAGGACGGGUCCAGGGGCAUUACUGGUUAAAGCUGAUGUGGAAACAGCUUUUCGGCUGUUACCCAUUCACCUCGCGUGGCACUAUUUUUCUUUGAGGGAAAAUACUUAAUUGAUCUCUGCCUGCCCAUUGGGUGUUCAAUCUUAUGGGCAUACUUUGAAAAAUGUAGUACCUUCCUAGAAUGGGUAGUUAAGAUGGAGGCGGAGCUAUUAUUUGGACCACUUCUUAUGCGUUGGUCCCUCUGAUUCCGAUACCUGCAGGAUUAGUUUAAGAACGCUGGAAUGGGUGGCUAAUGUCUUCGGGGUACUAUUGGCGGUUGACAAAACUGUGGGGCCUUCAACAUGUCUUAGUUUCUUGGGGCUUAAAAAUCUACACCGUAGCAGACGAAUAUAGUUUACCAGAGGACAAGUUAGUUGCUUUUCGGGAAGCCAUUGCUGAGGUUCGGUGGUCUAAGAAAGUGACCUUAUGCACGCUGCAGUCAUUAAUUGGGUGCUUGAAUUUUGCAUGUCAGGUGUUCAAUAGAUUCUUUGCCAAAGCCCAUGAAGGAGGACUUGGGAAAUUUUCUUGAACGACUUUAAUGGGCGGGUUUUCUUUCGGGACAAGGCAGUCUCGUCACCCAACUUGGAAUUGUUCACGGAUGCGUUGGGUAUGGUGGGUUUCAACGCUUACUUUGCGGGCCAAUUGUGCGCUGCACAGUGGCCUUCAUCUUGGUCUUUGUGCGCGCUUAUUCGGAAUUUGGCAUUUUUGGAACUAUUUCCAUUGCUGGUGGCUUUGUCAUUAUGGGGGCCCAUAUUACGGGACAGGAAAGUAAUCUUAACAUGUCAGUGGUGGGCACGGUAAAUAACUUGUUGGCCUCUUCAGUUCCUGUGGUUCGGCUAUUAUGUCGCUUUGUCCUGCAUUGAAUGCAAUUGAAUAAUGUUUUUCUUGCACGCCAUGUACCGGGCAUCUUAAAUGUAAUCUUAUUCGCUUUCUCUUUUUCAGUGGGCGAGAUUAUGUGCAGAGGCACCGGAGGCACAGGUGGUCGAAAUGGGGCAGCUCGGGACUUCAUGCUUGGAGGGCUAAUCAGGGAUUCGUUGGCACCAAGCACCUGGGCGGCAUACAGUAAAGUGUGGUAUUCUUGGGAUGCUGUGUUGGGGUGUACUUAGUGGAAUUAUUCGGUAGAGUUACGUUUAGAUGUUUUUUUUAUGGUUUCUGUGCAGGUUGUUUGCGUCUGGGGCCCAGUGGGUUGCGCUUCUCGUUACUUGGUGGUUCGUUCACAGGCGGGUGGUUCCUUUUUCAUCCAUGAGGAUGGGUCAUCUCUGUCCAAAUAUCAGUUUUCUAGAGUUUUCGUAUUCAUUUCGUAUUGGUCAUUGAUGGAAGUCACUCAGCUGGGUUUAACUGAUGAGCUAGUUAAAAAGAUUGGUCAGUGGGAAUCGGUGAGGUUUCAGUCUUUCGUAUGACCUGGUCGGUUACUACAAGGUCCAAAAAGGGUGGUUUUGUUUUAUGGUGUGUUGGUUCUACCUGUUUCUUUAAUCUUUUAGGAUGGGUUGCCUAGAUAAUAGGCCAUUCCUUCGUCUACUGGGCGGAACGGAGAGCUGCAGUUCGACCUCAAGGCGUGCAGCUGGGCUUUCCACAGGAUUUAGUUAAAUUGCAUUGGUUUGGUCUUCGUGGGUUUUGUUGGGGUGAUAUCUGCUCUGAAUUGUUUACAAAGAUAGGGAAAGGCCUAGUUCCGGAUUUAAUUUUGAUCCAUUCCUGGGGUAAUGACUAGGGGCUUGUGCCUCAAAGGGUCUAGGUACGGAGCAUGAAGAGGGAUGUGGAUAGGGUGAUAGGGUUCCCGGGUGUAACGGUCAUUUAAUCUGAAAUUGUGCUGCGGCUACAUUGGCGUUUUGCUAGAGCCCCCACAGUGAUAGCUAAAUGUAGGAGUAAGAUCAAUCAGUUGAUGGUGGUCUAUAUUAAGAGGUUAGAGGCUGUGGUAGUCAGGCAUCGGGACUUGGAAGCUAUGCUUCCUGCCUAUUUCAGGAUUGAUGGGGUCCAUCUGUCUGAUGUGGGCAUAGAUUUCUUGAGUUUUCAGGAAGACUUGAGGCACGCACUGUGUAGGGGGGUGGGGGUGGCGUAUAGGCGAGUGGAGGGGGUGCUCAGAUAGCUUGAGGUGUUCAAGCUCUGUGCUGUGGUGGGGGAUUGAUAAGAAAAUUGGGGGGUAGGUUGGCUUGGUAAGUGGAAAAAUUUCAAGGUCAGGAUCAAUUGUUUUGUUUGCAUUGGUUUGGUAGGUUCCAGCUCAUUGAUAGCUCUGAACCUGGGUGUUUAGGGGUAUCUCAGUUUACAAGUGAGAAAAGAUGUUGUUGCUGGCUGUGGUAACCGUUUGUGUUGUUAUGUUAGAUAUUGCAUUAGUAUAUUGCUGUUAUUUUGUGGGGGUCAUUGUCUGUAAAUGUUUUACAUUGAAGUUGUUGGAAUUCAAUGUCUUUAGUGUGUUUCACUUUGACCCCUUAUUUUUAUUGUUUUUAAAAAAAUAAAUUAUUAAUAAAAGCUGUGAUAUUUUCCCAAGAAGUUACUGGUGUUCGUGUUUAAUUGGGGGUGGUGGUGUGUUAUAGGGGUUUGUUAAGAAUAUGCCUAGGGGACGACUAUGCGCAUGUCAUGUACUGUCUUCUCCAAUGUAGUAUCCUUAGCUGUGGAAGUUGGUAGCUUUUGUUUCCUCUUUGGUUGUAUUUUCUGAGAAAUAUAUGCAUAUGAGCGUAUCAUUUUUCUUUUAGGGGGGGUUGGAUGUCGGGUGAGCUCCCACACUUUUUUCCCCAGGACUUGACCUCUGGGUUUUGUAGAGGAGGGUAGGGGUUUUGUAGAGGGGUGACACGAGUUUUGUAAAGGGUAGAUAGGGGUUUUGUAAAGGGGGACAGGGGUUUUGUAAAGGGAGUGACAGGAGUUUUUUUAGAGGGGUGACAGGAGUUUUGUAGAGGGGUGACAGGAGUUUUGUAGAGGGGUAAUAAGGGUUUGUAGAGCGGACAGGGGUUUUGUAGAUGGCAGUGGGUAGGAUUUUGUAAAGGGGUAGGAUUUUGUAAAGGGGUAGGGGGUUUGUAGAGGGGGGGCAUAGGUUUUCUAGAGAGGUUACAGGGGUUUGGUAGAGGAAGGCAGGCAUUUGAAGAGGAGGCAGAGGUUUUGUAGAGGGGACAGGAGUUUUGUAGAGAAGGGCAGGGGUUUGUAGAGGGGGCAGGGGUUUUGCAGAGGGAGUGACAGACAUGGGUUUUAUAGAGAAGCAGCAGGGGUUUUGUGCAUGGGUGAAAGGGGUUUUGUAGAGGAGGGCAGAAGUUUUGUAGAAGGGUGACAGGAGUUUUGUAAAGGGAGUGACAGGGGUUUUGUAGAGGAGGGCAGGGGUUUUGUAGAGGGGUGACAGGGGUUUUGUAAAGAGACAGAUACGGUGUGACAGGGUGCAGGAGUUUUAUUAGGACUUUCUCCACAACGUGCGCUCAGUCUGCGCCACAACUCCAAGAGAGGAAUAUUGAGAAUGCGUCGCAUUUUUUAGUGUCUUUUUUUUACAAAUCAUUUUAGCACCUCAAAUUUGGAUAGUGGACAAUGGCAUGUCCACCUCCUUAAACAUAGGUGGGGGCUAGUUAGGGGACAAUAGUUUCCCCCAAUGUAUUAUUAAUAGAGCCCCCACCCACAGCCCAUAGGUGGGGGCUGGGAGAUAGGACACUAGGUUCCCACCUUGUAUUUUUUUUUUUUAAAUUCCCAUCCUCCGCCCAUGGGUAAGAGCUGGGGUGGGAACACUAGGUUCACACACCUCGCCUUCCCUAAUAUACAAUUAGUAGCCCUCACUUGUUGACCAGGAGGGGGCAGGGAAGAUAUUAGGAAUAGUCCCACCCAGCCUUGUCAUGGGUGAGGUAAAGGGGGUGGACAAUCAUUUGCCCACCCUCCAUUUACAAAGCCCCCACCCAAUGUCUAUUAGUAGGGGUAAGGGGACCAUGUCCCAUCCCCUGCAUAAUGUUACAGGGAAUUGCUGCCCAGUCACUAUUUUUUUAAGUUUAGCAGAUAUGUGGGGGAUAGUGGGGGCAUGUGGAGGUUUAAAACCUACCUUUUAGUGCUAUGGUAUUGAUCCCCAAAAGUUUAUUAAUACAAUUUCUUUUUUUAUAACUUUAAUGCAGUAACUAACUAGCAAGCGCUAGCCAGCUUCCAUAUUAGUAACCGUUGCAAUGCCAAUUGCUCGCUGGGUGCUAGUGCUUCAAGUAGGCGUUAAUUUUCUAAAACCUGGGCUGAGAUUUAAAGCAUUUGGGUAUGGAUUUCAGACGCCUGAAAUCCGGACCUAGGUCAGGCCCGUUUAGUGCCUGAAUUUCAAAACCCAGACAUUGUUGAAUAAAAUGAAGAAUGUCAGAAUUUUGCCGUUCAAAUGGCCUCAUUUGCAGCCAGAUGACUUGUCUUCUUCCAAUUUUCCCUUUACUAUUUUCCUCUCGAUGUUUUACGACACUAUUUUACAUUACGUAGGGGGAUAAAAACUGGCCAGGUUACUGUAUUGUAGAAUAUAUAUUCUCUCUUUUAGCUGAUAAUGAGAGCUAGGUUAUCAUAAAAUCAGGUACCUGUACUGUUCUUUUGUAAGUGGGAUCAUGUGACUGCUAUUUGGCUCAGUAGGUUAAGGGAGUGGUAACUAAAUUAUGCGUGUUCGAGAACAUCAAUAUGAAUAACUUGGCACAGUCUAAAAAUCUGGGUGUGGUAGGACAUUGUAUCAUAGUUCUUCAGAUACUAAACAAAUCUCUUAUAUUCCUUAGGAGGUGUUGGCCUUGCAUACAGAUGAAGCAGUACAUAAAGGUGUUAAUAGCAUCUGAUUUGAAAUUCACUAUAAUUUAAAUAUCUAGUGAACUCUUUACAGUUUGUAGAAUUCUAGGAUGCAGAAUAGGAUAUAGAGCAAAGUCCCAUGAUUAAUACGCAAUAGUUUCUGUAAGAACAUUAGCAUGAUUAAAUAGACUGCUUUUAAACAUUGCUUAAACUCAGCGAAAAAAACCAGAAAUUGUCACUAAACAGUACCCACUGAUUUGACUUUUAUUCAUGUUGGUUUUCUUGGGACCCUGGCAUCUUAGUGUCUUACUCAACUAUUUGACUAUGCCGUAAACACCAAAAUAUAUACAAAAUACAGAUUAGCUAAAAGGGCACAGACACAAAUAACAGUUUUACCUUUUAUAAGGCUACUUAAAAUCACCUCUCUUAGCAAACAAAUAUGCGGAGUUAGUUGCACUACGUCACAGUACUCCAAUAUCGGUGGGUCCAACACCAAUUUUAACAUGGGUGAUGAAAUUACUAACUAAAAUACUUGUUGCUUAAACGGCUUCCAGAUUCUCCUCAAUUUAUGCUUUCCUGUUGUCACCUCCAAAGAAGCGCCUAUAUUGUGUGGGUGGGGUGCUAAACCCAAUUGGAAUCAGGUCUAGAUUGCAAAUCUACACAGAAAAAAGGAGAAUUCGGUUCACACCCAGAACAUGCAUUUCCAAGUAGUUUUGGUGCUGUAAAGACCAAAAUAUAUACAAAAAAAAUGCAAAAUUAAGCCUUGUGCUCAAACUCCCAAUACACCUUGGCAACAGCAAUGUCUAUAGUACACAUCAACCCCGAUACAUAUAAUAAAACCAAAGAAAAAAGUUAAUUGUGUGCUAUUCCAAAUCCCUAUGCACAUUUAAAAAACUGGAGGUUUUUAGUAUAAUUCCAAUGUUGUAUUCCUAGUAUUAUAGUACGCUAUAGUGCCCCUCUUGCUUGCACCCUCCCCACCCCCUGCACAGCGCAGAAAGUGUUUUGUCACUUACUUGAAUCCAGCACCGAUGUACCUUGUUGCUGGGUCAGGCUCCGCCUCCGCUCCUCCUUUACCGAUGUCAAUGUGCGACGUGCACCGUGAUCACAUUAGGAUUGAAUCAAUGCUUUUCUAUGGGGUUUUAGCUGAAGUGUGUGAUGGUAUUGGCUUGUGUAUGUGUGAUAAAGAGAGUUGAGCGGACACCUGGAUGUUCGGGUCCGGCGGGUUCGGCCGAACUUUGAAAAAAAGUCCGGGUUCGGGCUCAAACUUGACCCCAAACACGAACCCCACUGAAGUCAAUGGGGACCUGAACUUUUCGCCACAAAAAUGCCUCUAAAAAACUCCUGGAAAGAGCUAGAGAACUGCAAAAGCAAGUAAAAUGGGGGUAAGAGUAGGACAAGUGCCCUGCAAACAAAUGUGGAUAGGGAAAUCACUUAAAAUAACAUAAAAAUUAAAAAUACAGCUGAGCCAUAAAACAGCACUAUAUGGAAUCUUUGAUUUUAGCUUUAGAAGAACAUAAAUCAAAAUCUAAAGCAUGGCUGUCAGAAGAAUCACCAAAAAAAGCCUUCACAAGCCUCUGCUAUUGUGUACAUAGUUUAUACUAAGUGACCCAUAGGUUGAGGAGGCGUGACCGUGGCGAUGUAGGUGGAAGCGGCGGUGGAGGAGGAAGCCAACACUGUUUAUAUAUAUCUAUUUUUUAUUUUAAUUGGGGUAGCCCCCAAAAUAUUGGGACAUACAAAAAAAAGAAACAUUUGCGGCCUGCGGUGCAUUUCUUGCAGUCCAGAUGCAUGGAGACAUGCUCAACUCCUGAUGCAUGGAGAAAAGGCCUUCACAAGCCUCUGCUAUUGUGUACAUAGUUUAUACUAAGUGACCCAUAGGUUGAGGAGACGGUGACCGUGGCCGUGUAGGUGGAAGCAGCAGUGGAGGAGGAGGAUGAGGUAGCCAACACUGUUUUUUAUGUUUUUUUAAAUUUUUUUAAUUGUGGUAGCCCACAAAAUAUUGGGACAUACAAAAAAAGAAACAUUUGCGGCCUGCGGUGUAUUUCUUGCAGUCCUGAUGCAUGGAGAAAUGCUCAACUCCUGAUGCAUGGAGAAAAGGCCUUCACAAGCCUCUGCUAAUGUGUACAUAAUUUAUACUAAGUGACCCAUAGGUUGAGGAGGCAGUGACUGUGGCGGUGUAGGUGGAAGCAGCGGUGGAGGAGGAGGAUGAGGUAGCCAACACUGUUUAUAUAUAUCUAUUUUUUAUUUUAAUUGGGGUAGCCCCCAAAAUAUUGAGACAUACAAAAAAAAGAAACAUUUGCGGCCUGUGGUGCAUUUCUUGCAGUCCUGAUGCAUGGAGAAAUGCUCAACUCCUGAUGCAUGGAGAAAAGGCCUUCACAAGCCUCUGCUAUUGUUUACAUAGUUUAUACUAAGUGACCCAUAGGUUGAGGAGGCGGUGACCGUGGCGGUGUAGGUGGAAGCGGCGAUGGAAGAGGAGGAGGUAGCCAAAAGCCAAAAAAAGAAUACAAAGAAUAAGUGCACUUGAGUAUAACAAUGGCUGGGUGAGGCUGGUAUAAAUGUCUAUUCUGCACAAGGUACAGACAAGUCUGGUGGGAUCCAUGCCUGGUUCAUUUUAAUAAACGUGAGCUUGUCCACGUUGGCUGUGGACAGGCUGCUGCACUUGUCUGUGAUAACGCCCCCUGCCAUGCUAAACACACAUUCAGACAAUCCAAGGCAUAAAGGGCAAGCUCAGUGUGCCCAAUUUGGAGACCCAGAAGUUGAAUGGGGCAGACCCAUCAGUCAGUACGUGUAGGCGUGUGCACAUGUACUGUUCCACCAUGUUGCUGAAAUACUGCCUCCUGCUAAGACCUUCCAUAUCAGAUGGUGGUACUGGUUGUUGUGGCGUGCUGACAAAGCUUUUCCACAUUUCGGCCAUGCUAACCCUGCCUUCUGAGGUGCCGGCGGUGCCCCAGCUGCGUUGGCGACCUCUUCCUCCUCCACUGCCUUCGCCUUGUGCUUCCACUGAGCCCCCGGUGUCAGAUGGGAAUGCCCUCAGCAGCAAGUCCACCAGCGUGCGCUUGUAGUGGCGCAUCUUCCGAUCACGCUUAAGUGAGGGAAUUAAGGACGGCACAUUGUCCUUGUAAUGGGGAUCCAGCAGGGUGGCCACCCAGUAAUCAGCACAAUUAGAAUGUAGGCAACUCGGCAGUCGUUGCGCAGGCACUGCAGCAUGUAGUUGCUCAUGUGUGCCAGGCUGCCCAGAGGCAAGGACAAGCUGUCCUCUGUGGGAGGUGUAUCGUCUGUGUCCUCCGUUUCCCCCCAGCCACGCUCCAGUGAUGUCCACGAGCUGUGUUGGGUGCCACUCUGCUGUGAACACGGUUCCUCCUCAUCCUCAUCAUCCUCCUCCUCAUCCUCAAGAACUGUGCCCUGCUGGACAAUUGUGGCCUUUGCUGGUGCAGGAACCCACCCUCCAAGCCACUUGUGAAUUACUGGCCUGAGAACGGCGUCAUCGGCACAGGCCAUGUUGGUGGAGUACUCGAAACAGUGCAAAAUGGCACACAGGUCUCACAUGGAGGCCCACUCAUUGGUGGUGAAGUGGUUCUGUUCUGCCGAGCGACUGACCCAUGCGUGCUGCAUCUGAAACUCCACUAUCGCCUGCUGCUGCUCACACAGUCUCUCCAGCAUGUGCAAGGUGGAGUUCCACCUUGUGGGCAUGUCACAUAUGAGGCGGUGAGCGGGAAGGCCGAAGUUACGCUGCAACACAGACAGGCAAGCAGCAGCAGGGUGAGAACGCCGAAAGCACGCACAGAUGGCCCCCCCUUUUCUGCAGCAGCUCUGAAAUAUCUGGGAAGUUUUUCAGGAAUUUCUGCACCACCAAAUUCAGCACAUGCACCAGGUAAGGGAUUUGCGUCAAACCGGCUAGGCCCAAAGCUGCUACGAGAUUUCGGCCAUUAUCGCACACCACCAGGCCGGGCUUGAGGUUCAGUGGCAACAACCACUCAUGUUGUUCCAUGCCGAUCCACAGCCUGCUGUCGUUUCCCUGUGGCUGUGCUGAAGUUGGUGGUGAAGGUGUUACACUGCCCGGAUGAGGUGGUGGUAGAGGAGGAGGAAGUGGAGUAGGAGGAGGAGGCAAAAGGAGGCAAAGAGAAAUGCCCUGCAAUCCUCGGUGGCAGAAGGAGAUGCACCAAACUGCUAUCCGCCUCAGGCCCAGCCGCCACUACAUUUGCCCAGUGUGCAGUUAGGGAGAUAUAGCAUCCCUGCCCGUGCUUACUGAGCCACGUAUCUGUGGUUAUGUGGACCUUGCCACAGAUGGAGUUGCGCAGUGCACACCUGAUUUUGUCCGCCAAUUGGUUGUGCAGGGAAGGGAUGGCUCGCCUGGAAAAGUAGUGGCGGCUGGGAACCACGUACCAUCAGGUUCUUAAAACUGUCCGUCUCCACCAGACGGAAUGACAUCAUUUCAAAGGCCACGAAUUUUGAAAUGCUGUCAUUCAGGGCCAGGGAUUGCGGGUGGGUAGGGGCAUACUUCCUCUUUCUCGCCAGUGUUUGGGAGAUGGACAGCUGGACGCUUCCAUGGGACAGUGUGGAGAUGCUUGGGGACGGUGGCGGACAUAGUGGCGUUGCUGUUACAUCCUCUGUUUUCGGGGUGGCAGGUGCCACUGUCACUCCAGAGGUGGAGGAAGAGGCUGAGACAGCAGCAGAAGAGAAAGGAGGAGGAGCCUUAGACCUUUCUUGGUUUUUGAUGUGCUUACUCAACUGCAGCUCGUGCUUUGCAUGUAGAUGCCUGGUCAUGCAGGUUGUGCUCAGGUUUAGCAUGUUUAUGCCUCGCUUCAGGCUCUGAUUGCACAACGUGCAAACCACUCGUGUCUUGUCGUCAGCACAUUGUGUGAAGAACUGCCAUGCCAGGGAACUCCUUGGAGCUGGCUUUGGUGUGCUCAGUCCCUUGGUGCGGUGGGCAGUAUGCUGUGCUGGUGCCCUGUGCGACCACCACCUCUUACUCCAAACUGCACAAGUCACUUGCAUGACCUUCAUUCCAUGUGGGGUUUAGGACCUCAUCUUCCACCCACUCCUCAACCCUGCCCUCCUUGCCGGUCUGCACACUGCAGAAAGCCACAGUAGUUGGCACCUGUGUUUCGUCAUCAUCAGAGACGUGCUGCGGUGGUCCUUGCAUGUCCACAUCCUGACACAUAAGUGGUUGUGCAUCAGUGCACUCAAUCUCUUCCACUUCUGGGGCAGGGCUAGGUGGAUGGCCCACGGAAACCCCACCAGCAGAGUCAUCAAAAAGCAUAAGAGACUGCUGCAUGACUUAUGGCUCAGACUCCUUUGCUGAUUUGCAAGGCGGUGAGGUGAUCUACUAUCGUCUGUACUUGUUCUGGCCUCACCAUUCGUAGAGCGGCAUUCGGGCCUACCAAAUAACGCUGAAGGUUCGAUCGCCUACUCGCACCUGAAGAAGGUGUUUCACUUGUGCGUGUAGCUGGAACAGAUCGACCAUGUCCCCCUUUCCAGAGAUGCAGGCACAGCUAUUGUAAAACACCAAACUCACGAACCGCCAAUAAGUGAAUGCUCCAAACUCCCGAACAGCAUCCAAUAUAGCACUCCAAACACAUGAACUGGAACCAUACGAAUCGCUGCUAGCAGAUGAAUAGGAAAAGCAUCCAAGCGGCUUACACUCCUAGCAAUCAGUCUCUAUCAGCGUUCAGUAAAUCCCCCGAAAGACGAGAAAAGGCUCCGUGUUGAGGGUCAAGCAGUGGUCAGACAGAGCUGUGGGUUUAUUGUUCUUAUGUACACAUUCUUACACAUUAGUACCACCCACAGGGUUUUGGAACACAACCAAUAAACACAUACAAUACACUCAGACACUCCCACACAAAAUCCUCCCCUCUGCCUGUGAUUCAAUUACCUUACACAAUGGGUAAUGUAAUUAUAACAAGCAGAGAAAUACAAUUUUUCCACAUUAUUCAUAACUUGAAAAGUAUACAUCACAUUCAUAUAUAACUUACAUCAGCAUACUCCAAAUACAAACAUACGUCAAAAUCAUACAAAUUGGUCCAGUGGUUCAAAAGAUAGAUCAUACUCCUUUGUGACCAAAGGAAGCAUGGCUUUUCUGCCCAAAGCCAGUUCCACAGAGUCUGCUAUCCUGGAGAUAAUUGGGAAGUAAUCCAAUUAUCUCCUAGGACAGAGGCAAAACUCCAUUGAACACAUGGCAUCAAAAAACAAUAAAACACAUAAAACACAUAAAAACAUAUAACUGUGGAGUAUCACCGCUCAAACAGGGCAAGCACCAAAUGACCCGGCUUUCAUGUCUUUGCAGGGGAAAAUCAAGCCUUUUAACAUGGGGCCAUAAUCCAAAGGCAACAGGCGAGCAACCAGGCUUCUCCAAUGCAAUCUGGCGAGAUUGGUCUCGUCACAGGCCCUGUUUACAACUGCGCAGUAAGCGCACUAUUAGACGCUUCUAUUUGACUCUCAGAUAUGAAGAGCACCCCACUAAUGUACUUUUUAGCAUCAAAAUAAAAUGACUUUUUAAAACUGCAAUGUGAGAGCAGUAUUUGACGCUUCUAUUUGACUCUCAGAUAUGAAGUACACCCCACCCCAUUAAUGUACUAGUUUGCAGAAUUCUUUCCUAAGCUGUCCCUAUCAGCGGCAGCAUCAUCUCCCUACACUAAUAAGAGCUCAGCGUUUGAUCUAUAAAACAGCCGCUGGCUCCCGAGUCGAUGAAGGCUGUGACUGGAUGAUCUCUAUUUCCCCACUGGAGAGAGAGGGGAUCAGAGAGAUAAGAGGAGGCUGGUGGAAUAGUAGGAAUCCAAGAGGAAGGAGCUAUAAUAUUCUUACCAGGUGAGGUAUUGGGUCAAACUGGGCAGGACUGUAGUUGAUGAUCUGUCUUUCCACAGUAGAGACAGAGUCCUUGAAAGAGGCGCCUAUUUGCAUGGGUUCUUCAGAGGAGGAAGAAGAAGAAGAAACCACAGAGCCUGAAAAAAACAGUGGCCAGGUAUUAGCUGAAGUUUGUCUCUCGCUUCUCCGUUCACGGAAGUGGCAGUCUAAUUGUGUGACAAGGAGGAUCAGGUCAUCCAGAGUGGUAGAUAUCUCUACUCUGGCCAGUUCGUCUUUUAAGGCCUCAGACAGACCCAAUCUGUAUUGCUCUAUUAGACCAGUCUCAUUAUAACCGGUAUCAGCAGCUAUAAUCCUCCACAGGUCUUUUCCCUUGCCGGAGGGCACGGAGGGUACUGCGGGCAGCAGAAGGUCUCAAAGGAUCAUCAUAUAACAAGUGCAUGUUUGCAGCAAAUGAAUCCCAUGAUUCCAAUAUUGAGCUAUUGGAAUGCAAACGUUGGUGCGCCCAGGUCUGGAGUUGACCAGAUAGUAAAGCGAUGGUAGUACGAACCUUCACAAAGUCAUUAGGGUAGGUACGUGGCUUCAGAGUGAAGAGUAAUUCGCAGGCUGUAAUGAAUGAACGUAGUUCAGUAUUUUUUCCUGUAAAUUUGUCAGGCAUAGGAACGUUUGGUUCAAAAGACAUAGGCGUCAUAUGGGCACCAGAAGGGGAUCCUGAACGGCUUGGGCUAAGGCCGACAUUUGUUGGAUUAAUGCAGUAAUGGCCUCAGCUGUUCCUGCAGGUUCCAUAUUUAAAUAUCUUGGUUAUUAUGUCACACCCACCUGGAGAUUCAUUUUGCUGAUGGAACCCAAUUGGAAUGGAACAGCACUCCCUUACUAUCACGACCCUUAGGAGCACCUGAAAGUGAAGACAGGGUCCCAAAGGGUCUGUGGUGGCAUGGAGGCCUUUAAUGAAUAGAAGAAUUCCAGGAGGAAGGAGCAGGAAAAAACAAAAAUUGCAGUCAGGCAGCAGGCAGAUGUAGUCGAUCAAUCUGGAUUUAGGUCAGGAAGCAGGUGGGAGCAAUCAUCCAAGGAAUCAAGGAUCAGGAACCAGGAACAUAAGCUGGAAAUUAGGGCAAUUGGCAGGUAUAAAGCAAUAAGCAAAAUAACCAGGCACUGACUGUAAGGUGUGCUGGGUUUAAAUAGGUGACUGGGAUCACAUGACCGGCCACCUCCCACCAGUAGGUGGAGGCCAGGGACUUGGCGCCAUCUUGUUUUAUACCAUGGUCCCUGACCUGUUCCUCCCCUAUGGAUCUGCAGCUCUCCUCCUCCUCCCUGUGCAGAACGCCAGGUCCACAUGGCGGCCGCCAUCUUCUCCACAAUGGCGUGCUCGCCGCAGACCUCGGCGGUGAGAGGAAUAGAAGAAGCCUCCACAGACCCAGAAGGGGAGCCUUCAGAAGUGGUGAGAACUGCGAUUCUGCCGCGCAGGCGCCCAAGGGCAGGUGAGUACCCGGCCGUGACAGGUAAGACCUCACUUGGAGUAUUGUACGCAGUACUGGAAACCGUAUCUUCAGAAGGAUAUUGAUACUCUAGAAAGAGUUCAGAGAAGGGCUAUUAACCUGGUUCAUGGAAUGCAGGAUAAAACUUACCAGGAAAGGUUAAAUGAUCUUAACAUGUGUAGCUUGGAGGAAAGAUGAGAUGGGGGGGAUAUGAUAGAAACAUUUAAUUAUAUAAAGGGAUCAACACGGUAAAGGAGGAGACUAUGUUUAAAAAAAUAAAACUACCACAACAAGAGGACAUAGUCUUAAAUUAGAGGUGCAAAGGUUUAAAAAUAAUAUCAGGAAGGAUUACUUUACUGAGAGGGCAGUGGAUGCAUGGAAUAACAUUCCAGCUGAAGUGGUAGAGGUUAACACAGUGAGGGAGUUUAAGCAUGCCUGGGAUAGGCAUAAGGUUAUCCUAGACUUAAGAUAAGGCCAGGGACUAAUUAAAAGUAUUUUUAAAUAUUGGGAAGACUAGAUGGGCCGAAUGGUUCUUAUCUGCCGUCACAUUCUAUGUUUCGAGUCCUUCUGCAAUUUCCAGCCAGGGUAAGGUGAGGCUGCACUGUCUGCUCAGCUCACUUCUACUCGCCUUCCAUCCAUGUCUCUUCUACCCCCUGCCAUUCCAUCCAUGUCUCUGUUCCCCUUUCUUCCAUAUAUGUCUCUGUUUCCUUCUCAUCCAUAUCGCUUCUUCCCCCUUCCUUCCAUGUCCCUUUUCUCCUCUUUCCAUUCAUGUAUUUUCCCCUCCCCACAUCCAUCCAUGUCUUUCCCUUCCCUUCUCAUCCAUAUCUCCCCUCUGGCACCUUCCAUCCAUGUCUCUCCUCUGGCACCUUCCAUCCAUGCCUUUUUUACCUCUCCUUCCAUCCAUGUCUCUGUUCUUCUCCCUUCAAUGUCUCUUCUUCUUUCUUCUUCCGUGUCUCUUCUCUCUCCCCUUCUAUCCAUGUCUUUUUCUCUCCCCACGACCCCUUCCAUCCAUGCCUCCCGCCCCCUUCUAUCCAUGCCUCUGUUCCCCUCCCUUCCAUUCAUGUAUAUGUUUCCCUCCGUUCCUUGUCUCUUCUUUCCCCUUCUUCCAUGUCUGUUUUCUCCCCUUUCCAUCUCCCACUUGAUCCAUCCAUGUCUCUUCCUCAACUUCCAUUCAUGUUUCCAUCUCACCAUCCAUGUCUCUGUUCCUGUUCUCCUACCUACCAUGUCUCUUCUUCCCCCUUUUUCCAUGUCUCUUCUUCCACUCCCCCCCAUUCCAUGUCUCUGCCUUCCUUCCCUUCAAUUCAACCAUGUCUCCCCCCCCCUGCCCCAUCCCCAAUCCAGCCUUGCUUACAGAGUCGGCACCCUAGGCAAAGGUAAUGCUGGCUCUGCUCACAUACACAUUGAUGGUCCCCUCUCUGCUGUUUUACCUGUCAUGGCAGGGGAGGAUGGAACCUCUAUGUCCAGUACUGGUGUGCUGUUAGACUGUGUGCUGGGUAGUCAUGUGACACCCAGCGCUAAUACGCAUAGAGAAAGGAGGUGACACUCCCUUUCUAAAGUAUUGUGCAUGUGGUGUCCUUAUGGAGCUGCAUGAUACCUGCAAUGGAAAACAAUGGUCCGGACACGACUUACAGUGGCCCAAACCGGACACAUUGUAGGACUGGCUCCAACUAAAUUGUUGUGGGCAGUUGGGCAGUUGUUUUGGGCCCCCCAGGAGUAACUGCCCUGUUUUCUCCACGUUAAAGAUGGCAUUGUUUAGCCCCAACCAAGUCUAUACACACACUUUGCCACAAACACUUCAUCAGGGCAAUUCAUACCUACAUUCUAAGCACCACAACACAACAACUACAUCAUUCUUCAUCACGUCAUAGGUUGGAUGGAUUUGUGUAUUGUAGACAAAUGUCCUGUUCUUUUCCAGAACAUACUCUCUGAGCUAUCUAAAGCCCUUUCCCCUCUCUUAGAAUGGCAGCAGUAGUGUGCGUCUGGGGGAUGAAAAACUGUGUUUGAAAUAUGAAGAAUACUGUGUUAACCUAAGGAUUGAGGGGUCUAAUCCGUAAAAACCUGCCAGAAAUAAUAUUAUGCAGUCCAUCUACAGGACGUUAUGAAAUGACACAUACAGGGCCGGCCUUUGCAGUGCCCCUCCCUUGUCAUACCCCUUCAUCCAUGUAUUUUGUGUAGUGUUUGCAUAGGGGACUUAGGAGUAGAUAGGGGGCAGGGGCACUGUAGGAGUAGUUGGGGGCACUCUAGGAGUAGUUAAGGGCAGGGGCACUGUAGGAGGAGAAAUUUUUUGAGGAGACAGUUUUCUUUUAAGUGUAAGUGAUGUGGCUGGGUCCUUGUCUGAGCCCUAGGGAAGGGGCUCAAAACUGGUAACCGCCCCACCCUAGGGCCUGGAAGGAUCAUAAUCUCAGUCUAUUUGUAUCUGCAUGUGAAUAUUUGUUUAAGCAGAAUGUGAAUAUUAGUAAGGAAGUAGAACAAUAUACACAUAACAGGUUUUUCAGGUUACUUUAAACAUGUCCUUCCAUGAUGUUGUUUAGCCCUCAGGUCUUAAUCUGGCUCCAAGAUUCCAAUAUAGGCACCUCUAAACUGUGAGCUGAGAGUUCGAGUUAUUUCUUUGCAUUGAUUUAUUGCCCUGGAGGGUAUAAUUAGUGGUAUAGGUGUGAUACAAUCUCAGCUAGCACUCAUUCUGUAUUUAUUUGGAUGACAAAGUUACUGCUUCAGGAGUUUAGCUUAAAUGAUAUACACUCGGUACAUCCCAAUGAUCCAUACAGGGUAACCUGUCACAAUAUGUGGUAACUCACAUUGUUAUGUGCGAAUUCAAAAUGAAAGGGACACUGUACUAGUCACUAUAACCAUUUCAUCUCAUUGAAUUAGUUAUAGUGCCUGGAAUCCAGUGGGACUGUCCCUCCAUGCAGUGUUAAACCAUUUUCGAGCAGUUUAAAGGACCACUAUAGGCACCCAGACCACUUCAGCUCAAUGAAGUGGUCUGGGUGCCAGGUCCCUCUAGUUUUAACCCUGCAGCUGAAAACAUAGCAGUUUCAGAGAAACUGCUAUGUUUCACUGAGGGUUAAUCCAGCCUCUAGUGGGGCUUCCGCGAAAAUAACAGUGAGAAAACGAUGGACGUCCAUGGGAAAGCAUUGAGUAAUGCUUUCCUAUGGGCGGUUUGAAUGCGAGCACAUUCAGAUCUGACGUCAGGAGGGGGUGAAGAGGUCACCAGCGCCGAGGGAACCCGGCACUGAAGAAAGGUAAGUGGCAGGGGGGCCCUGAGCGUGUUGGGACCUAAUGACCCUAUAGUGCCAGGAAAACAAGUUUGUUUUCCUGGCACUAUAGUGCUACUUUAACACUAAAUGGGGGUCACUGACCCUGAGGGUGGGGGGGACCUAAUGACCCUAUAGUGCCAGGAAAACAAGUUUGUUUUCCUGGCAUUAUAGUGCUCCUUUAACACUAAAUGGGGGUCAUUGGCUUCCAUUGACUCCAUCCCCACUGGAGGUAUGGCUAAGGCACAUACUUCCUUCUAGCCAUACUAUUCAUACCUGAUUGUGUGACUGUCAUAGGCUGACAGCGAUCAGGUGACACUCUCAGCCAAUCACAGAUGCCCAUUGUUGCUCAAGCUAAUGCUUCCUUAUUAGCCUGAGCAGCACAGAGGGAUGGGCUGGGAACUCUCAUAGACCAUUAAAAAUGGUUUAACACUGGGUAGAAAAUAAUAUUAAAGAGGCAUCUUUAACCCCUUAAUGACCGAUGACGGUUCAGGACCAUCAUCGGUAGCAUACAGUUAAGGACCGGUGACGGUCCUGAACCGUCAUAACGUUCACAUGUACUUAUCUGAUCGCCGUCGUUCCCCCGGCAAUCGGUUGUGCUCCCGGUGUGAGGAGACUGCCUGCAGCCCAGAUAGUCUCCCCAUGGCGAAUUAAGACCCCUGGGGCCAUGUGAUCGCUCAACAGAUUGAUCGCAUGGUCACAAUAGGUGUCCUAGUGUCUGCCUGGAAGUCUCCCUGCAAGUGAAAAAAAAAAAAAGGUUAAUGUUAAUAAAAAUUUAGAAUUAUAUAUGUGUAUAUAAAUAUCAUAUAUAGACCUUUAGGUCUAUAUAUCAUAUAUAUAAUGUCAUACUAAGUGUAUUUUUAUAUUAAUGUAUACGUAUAUUAAUAUAAAAAUACACUUAUAAUUAAAUUACACAUGUAUAUAUAUAAUAUAUAACUAUAUAAAAAGGUAAAUAUAAAUAAAAAUAAUACCAAAUAUAAAUAUGUCCAUAUACAAAAUUACGUAAAUAAUUAUAUAAAUAUACACGUAGACUUCAAAUAUAUAAAUAUGCAUAUAUAUUUAAACUCUACGUGCGUAUUUUUGUAAUAUUUUUACAUAAUUAAGUCAUUUUAUUGAUUGCCAUUUGAGGGACCUGCCUGACAACCCAGGCUGAAAGUCCAGAGAAUUUAAUUUGCUAGCACUGUAUUUUACCCUGUAACUUUCUAUGACACCCUAAAACCUCUACAUGGGGGGUACUGUUUUACUCGGGAGACUUCGCUGAACACAAAUAUUAGUGAUUCAAAACAGUAAAACAUAUCAUAGCGAUGAUAUUGUCAGUGAAAGUGACUUUUUUUAAUUGCAUUUUUCACACACAAACAGCACUUUUACUGAUGAUAUAAUUGUUGUGAUACGUUUUACUGUUUUGAAACACUAAUAUUUGUGUUCAGCAAAGUCUCCCGAGUAUAACAGUACCCCCCAUGUACAGGUUUUAUAGCAUUGUUGAAAGUUACAAGGUCAAAUAUAAGGGUCAAAUAUUUUUACAUUGAAAAUUGCCAGGUUGGUUACGUUGCCUUUGAGAUCAUAUGGUAUGAGAAUGGCCCAGGAAUGAGAAUUACCCCCCAUGAUGGCAUACCAUUUGCAAAAGAAGACAAUCCAAAGAAUUGCAAGUGGGGUAUGUCCAGUCUUUUUUAGUAGCCACUUAGUCACAAACACUGGCCAAAAUUAGCAUUCAAUUUAGUUUUUUUACUUUUUUCACACAGACAAAUAUGAGCGUUAACUUUGGCCAGUGUUUGUUACUAAGUGGCUACUAAAAAAGACUGGACAUACCCCAUAUUGAAUACCCUGGGUUGUCUACGUUAAAAAAAAUAUAUACAGGUGGGGUGUGAUUCAGAGAUUUAUGACAGAUAACAGUGUUACAAAGUCACUAUUGAUACAUUUUAAAAAUGUAUAUUUUGAAAAAGCAAUUUCCUAUUUGUACUUAUAGCCCUAUGUGACGGUUACCCCUAUGGAGUAGGGUAUCUACCGUCUGGGCGUCCUCCUUCCCAGUACUGGAGACCACGGCAGAGCUCCAACUCAAGGUCCUGUAAAGUGGGUAGAGCGGGGCUCCCUCCUCCAGGAGGGUAUAGCUGGGACUCUCCUUCCAGAAGGUGUAGCAGGGUAGCUGGAGAGAGCUCUUAUGAGAGCUAGUAGUGAUAUAGCUGGCAAGCAGGCUUCUCCAUAAGCCAGAGGAACAGGGCAGUUUGGCACAUGGAAAGCCAGAGGCAAAUGGCAGUUUGUCACACUGGUUUUAAAAUAGCAGAUUCUUUCCCAGCAGAGUUAAAGGGCCAGACAUUUUUUUAACAUCCAAGAUGCAGAAAUUGAGAUUUUAACAAGUUAAGCACUCCAGGGGCCAUAGUCCCAGGGUAACCAGAGUCUAGGAGUGUGUUCUUGGUUGGAAUACAAUGAUAGUACUGUGAUCCACACCAUAACCACUGUGAGAAAAAUUACCAUAACUACAACAAGCAAUGAGGGAUUUUGUUACACCCUAUAACUUGCAAAAAAAAAGCCAAAAAGUACAUAAACACUGGGUGGUUUUAAACUCAGGACAAGAUUUUGAAUCUAUUUAGCAGUUUUUUUCAUUAGCUUUCGUAGGUAAGUAAAAUAUUUUUCAAGCAAAAGUAAAAAACAUGUUUUUAAUUUUUCACCAUAUUUCAUUUUAUUUUUUUAAAGUAAAUUAUGACAUGAUACAAAUAAUGGUAUGUAAAGAAAGCCCUAUUUGUCCUGAAAAAAAACAAUAUAUAACUUGUAUGGGAACAGUAAAUGAGAGAGAGGAAAAUUACAGCUAAACACAAACACCACAAAAGUGUUAAAAGAGCCCUGCUCCUUAACGUACAACAUCACAAAAACAGGCCGGUCCUGAAGGGGUUAAGGACAUUAAGGUAUUUAGGUUAACUCUCUCUCUCUCUGUCUCUCUCUCUCUAUAUAUAUAUAAAUAUAUAUAUAUAUAUAUAUGACACAGCUACUUUAAUAAACAUAAUUAUUUUUACUGGCCUAAUAAUGCUUUGACUGUUGCUGGCAAUUAAUUUGGAAGUACUCUUCUAUUAUUAUUUUUUUUAUUUAAAAGUAAAAAAGUGAAACGAAAAUAAUAACUGAUUGCCAAACUUUCCACAUGUUUUAAAAUUGCUAAUGGAAACAGAUAAAAAAAAAAAAAAAAAGUCUGACCUAUCACUUUAAUAAUAUGAACUUUUAGUUAACACAGGCAUGCAAUGCAUACCACUCCAUGACUGAAUAGAGGAGGAAUGCAGCCAUUUUCAGUAGUCACAGUGGGUCCAGUUAGUGAUUAUAAGAGUCUCUAGUUGCAGUCUCAAGAGAAACAUUUUGUUUAGACAUGCACUGAAAGGCGUGUCAGAUGGCAGGAUAUCAAUUUUGUUAGACAAAACUUUAAGCAGCGGAGAGACAACUGCAGAUUACUCAAACAUACUGCAAGCUUAAGAACAUCUAUUUUAGUACAGCCAUUAGGCGAAAAACAUAUGAAUGCUGAAAUCUUACAUAUUCACAUCAUAUGUCAGUCUGAACCUGCAAGAGUUAAAGUUGUCUUGAUUGUAUCUACUAACUCUUUGUGCUUUUACCCAGCCUCAGACAUGGUUGACCAACUGUCAGAGGAACAGAUUGCAGAGUUCAAAGAAGCCUUUUCUCUAUUUGAUAAGGAUGGUGAUGGCACAGUCACAACAAAGGAGCUUGGCACUGUAAUGAGGUCGCUUGGACAAAACCCCACAGAAGCCGAACUACAGGACAUGAUCAAUGAAGUUGAUUGUGAUGGGAGUGGGACAAUCGAUUUCCCUGAAUUCCUCACUAUGAUGGCCCGUAAAAUGAAAGAUACAGAUACUGAAGAAGAAAUCAGAGAGGCGUUCGCUGUGUUUGAUAAGGAUGGAAAUGGCUUUAUAAGUGCGGCAGAACUCCGUCAUGUGAUGACAAACCUGGGGGAGAAAUUAACAGAUGAAGAGGUUGAUGAGAUGAUCAGAGAAGCAGACAUAGAUGGUGACGGUCAAGUUAAUUACGAAGAGUUUGUACAAAUGAUGACAUCAAAGUGA